AUGUCGUCGCGCGACAUAUUAGCGGAUUUCCAUGCAAGAGGGCCAGCAUCGGACACGGACCCAGGAGCCGAACUCGGCUUCUCCGCCGCCGCCGCCGUCGCCGCCGCUGCUGCAGUCGCAGUACCACCCGCAGCCGCGUCGUCUGUGGUCCCACCAGCCGCAGCGCCUUCCGCCUCUUCCGUGCCUUCCGCAUCAGCUGCAGCGGCAUCGUCGUCCGCCGCGACUGGCUUGCCUGUCGCCGCCUUUGCCGCUGCGCCGUCUUCCGCAGCGGCAUCCGCGGCGUCCGGCUCGGCGGCAUCUGCGGCGGCGUCAGCCUCAGCCGCGUCGCCAUCGGCGUCGUCGCCCUUCGUCGCCACGUCAGCAUCAGCUGUCGAAGCGGCUUCCGCUACUUCCGCAUCUUCCUCCGCAUCUGCCGCCGUAGCAGCCGCCGCCUUAGUAGCCGGCGUUAUAGUGGCUGCCGGCUUCCUCGGGGGAAUAGUUUCCGAAGGCGCGUCGGCGUCUGCGUCUUCGUCGGCUGCUGCCGCGUCCGCAGCUGGUUCGUCAUUCUGCGACGCUGUUUCGCCUGCUGCUGCCGUUUUCGUUGCAGAUCGGGUUACCACUGUGGUGGCGCCUAACGCGCUGGCGCCAUGCGCGCUGGCGCCAUGCGCGUUGGCGCCUAACGCGCUGGCGCGUAGCGCGCUGGCGCCGUGUGCGCUGGCGCCUAACGCGCUGGCGCCGUGCGCGCUGGCGCCUUGCGCGCUGGCGUCAUGCGCGCUGGCGCCUAACGCGCUGGCGCCAUACGCGCUGGCGCCGUGUGCGCUGGCGCCUAACGCGCUGACGCAGUGUGCGCUGGCGCCAUGCGCGUUGGCGCGUAACGAGCUGGCGCCAUGCGCGCUGGCGCCAAUGCGCGCUGGCGCUGGUGCCUUUGCGCGCUGGCGCUGGCGCCUCUGCUGGGCGCUGGCGCUGGCGCCUUUGCGCGCUGGCGCUGGUGCCUUUGCGCGCUGGCGCUGGCGCCUCUGCUGGGCGCUGGCGCUGGCGCUGGUGCCUCUGCUGGGCGCCGGCGCUGGCGCCUUUGCGGCUCCUUUUAUCGGCGGGGGAGCAGCAACGCGGUGUGCGAGCAUCGUAGGCACAGGUGAGUGA